GAACAAACUCCCAGACAGCUGUGUAAUUCAGUACUAUCCUCGAUUCGACUGACUUCGCAGCCUUUUCCGAUUGAAAAUGUCGAAGAUCGUACGUCGCGAUAUUUCGCCAAUGCUGCAGGAGCUGCGUAAUUUCCUGCUCGGUAGAAAACACAACAAUGCCCUUCGUUUCGAGGACGGAAUUGCUGCCAGAACUCAACCACCACCAAAUCUACCUGAUGGACCGGCCCACAAACUUUCUGCAAACCACUACGUACUUCGUGAUGCUCGCCGGGAAGUGGCUCCCCCGGUGGAUUUGACCUCACAGAAGCUGCUUGCCGAAAAGGGAACCGCUGCCAAAUUGCCAACUCCCGGUAAAUCUUACGGCUGGGACAAACACUAAAUAACCGGUAUCAUGAAAUGGCAAACUAGAGAUCACUAAUUGUAACCAAGUUGGCAACAAUAAAUGAGGUGUGUACGUUAAACAAACGACGUUAAAAAACAAUCAAAAUCAACAAGAUUUCGGUAGGCAUUAUUUUUAUUCACGUUUAUUAACCUACAAAACAGAUAGUGGGGUUUUCCUCCCCUUCGAUCGUAUCUUGCAUUGCGUGAUACUUCGUUAGUAGAAAACAGCAAAAAUGAAAACUUGAAACAAUGCGUACGUACUAGGUUUUUUUCUCAUAAUAUAUUUUUUUGAAGUU